UUUACGGCGAUGAGCGUGUGUGGAGUGACGCUGGUGUUCUUCAUGAUUCUUGACGUGUCCAAGGCUUUUGUCACCACCCAUAGCUCUUCAGCAGUGAGGGCGUUGCUGGAGACUACAACCCGGCCUACAUGCACUCUCGCUCUCCUUACUGACGGCACCACCUCCCACCAAACUCUUUACCAGGUAUUUGGCCCUUUAGAAUAUCCUUUGGGAGUAUUCGAGGUUGACAGCCAGGACGCUAACGUGACACAGGAGCAGCUCUCUCGGGUGAUCAACGAAGCUCGGCGGCUGCGGCAGGUGUCAUGGUGCGUGACGGUGGUGGUGGUGAGCGACGACCCAGCUUUCCUCGCCGCCUUCGCAGAGUGGUCCCUCAAGGGCCGCCUCCUGGUGUGGUCAACGAAGCUCCUCGCCGUUACCCACCUGCCCCUCCCGGAGGUGCGUGACCUCCUGAGCACCUUCUGGACAUUCUCCAUGAUGAACGCCAUGUUGCUCAGCUUGGAGGAAAGUGCAGGAACCUUCAGGUGUACGGCGUAUGUGUCCCUGCCCUACAGUGCUCGAGGUGCCCAGGUGAUGAAAGUCGCCUCAUGGACAGCUGAGAGUGGAUUAAAAUUUGACCCGGCAGUGAAUGUAUUCCCAGAGAAGUACUUAAACUUCUAUGGUGAGACAGUGAACGUGACAGCACUGCCUUACACUCCACACUGGGAGGAGGUGAUGCACCAAACCCUGAACGGUACCCUCGUCAAGAAAUACUCAGGCACUGACUACUUCCUGCUGGAAAUCAUAGCGGAGACCCUCAACUUUACCAUUCGUGUUCUUCAGACCGAGAGCUGGGACGAAGUGGCGUCACUGGUAGAGGAGCGGGUUUCCUUUAUGGCAACAGUGUUCCACAACGUUUUACCUCAACGCCUCCACCGAUACGAUUUCUCCUACACUUAUGAGUAUGGCUCCCUUGACUUCAGUGCAGCCAAACCUGCCUUGAAGCCCCAGUGGCAGAGUCUCUACUACCCGCUGUCUGACGGGGUUUGGCUGGCCAUUUUAGCAGUAGUGCUCUUCAUGCCCAUGGCAAUUUAUCUGAUAAAUGUGGUGGAAGUUAGCAGCAACCUUGGAAGAAAGAUCGAUGCCGAAACGAAUUUUAACUUGGUCCUGGGGACGCUUCUGUCUCAGCCCCUCAAUAGGAAGCUCCCCAGCAGCCACACAACCCGUGUCCUGGUGACCGCUUGGCUGGUGUUUGCCUUCAUUGUGGGCACUGUCUACCGCGGCAACCUCACCGCCGCCCUCACACUGCCCAAGUACCCGCCCAGACCGGAGACCAUAGAGGAACUCGUAGACUCAUUUGACAAGAUAACAAUGCCGCCGUUUGGACGUGAAUUUAUUAGUUUCUUCAAACAAUCGAAUUCUGUGCUGUACAGGGCCCUGGCUGAACGUAUGUCAAUAGUGCCUACUGUCUUAGUUGGUCUUCAGCAAGCCAGUGAUAACAGAAGGUUGAAUGGUGGAUUGGAGUUAACUGAUGCACUGGCCAUGAAACAGUAUCAGGAAUAA